GGUGCUGAGGGCCGCACCGGAGACAGAAAACCGCCGGACAGCUGUAGCAUUCGUGGCGUUUUAGAUACAGCUACUGGUUAGCGUGUUUGGCGUAAUGAUUUAGUUGCAAAAUCCCUGGUAACCAAAUUUUUUUAUUGUGUAGUACCCUUUGCUUUCACGCAUGGGGAUAACGUUCUCCGAGGAAUAAGCUGGUCCUUGUGUGCAAGAAGAUUCAUGUCAUCCAAGAAAUAACUGACCCAGUGGGAAAAGAAAGAGGAAGCAAGUUGAACUGUCUGCUGGAGCAUUUGUAUCAUAAAGGGAAAAAAAACAGGUUGGGAAUAGUCUUGCACUCGACAAGGAGGAAAAGAGCAGGACGGAAAGAAGUAAAGCACAAGAGGUGUGAUAACAUAGCACAAAAGGACAAAUCCGGAUACUGAUAGUCGGUGUAGCUCUUUCCACUCUCCCUUGUUAGUCUUCCUCACUCAUUCAUCAGGAUGAAGCUAAAGGAGGAUGUGCCUCCUCUUUUCCUGCAUGUCUUUCGUUCUGUGGUUUGGGUUUACUCCUUUAUCACCUUCAUACCCUGGUACUUCCUGUCCGGAGCAGGGGCCAACCAGGCUCGUGCCAAACGCAUCAAAGCACGCUCGUUUACCGGGAAUCCAGCAGGGCCUUACCGGUCCAUCAACAGCCAGAAGCAGCUCGUUUCAGAGCUCCAUGGUGGACUGGGAACGCUGGAUAAAGUGUUUGAGCAUGCAGUUAGACAAUUUCCUCAAAGAGACUGCCUUGGAACCCGAGAGGUGCUUAGUGAAGAAGAUGAAGUGCAACCCAAUAAAAAGGUUUUCAAAAAGGUGAUAUUGGGAAAGUAUAACUGGCUGUCGUAUGAAGAAACCUUUAAUUUGGUCCAGAGAUUCGGGAAGGGCCUGGCUACCCUGGGUCAGAAGCCUCAGUGUAACAUCGCUAUCUUCUGUGAGACUCGUGCCGAAUGGAUCAUAGCAGCACAGGCCUGCUUCAUGUACAACUUUCCAGUGGUGACUCUAUACUCGACACUGGGAGGGCCAGCAAUAGCCCAUGGUCUCAAUGAGACAGAGGUCACACACAUCAUCACCAGCAAAGACCUGUUGCAGAGUCGCCUUAAGGAAAUUCUGCUGGAGGUUCCUAGGCUGCAGCACAUCAUCCUUGUGGACCAAAAGUCCUCUACCUGGCCUGACCUACCCAGAGGCAUUCAGGUCCACAGCAUGUCUGCUGUUCAGGAAUUGGGAGCAAAACCUGAGAGCUUGAUGGUGCAGCGGAAACAGCCCCUUCCCAAAGAUAUUGCUGUGAUCAUGUACACUAGUGGUUCCACAGGCAUCCCCAAAGGAGUCAUAAUCUCUCACAGAAACAUCAUUGCCGGGGUAGCUGGCAUGGCUGAACGUAUCCCAAACCUGGAUGAGAAUGAUACCUAUAUUGGCUACUUGCCACUGGCGCACGUGUUGGAGCUCAGUGCUGAGCUUGUCUGUGUUUCUCAUGGCUGUCGUAUUGGAUACUCCUCACCGCAGACCCUUGCUGAUCAGUCAACCAAAAUUAAAAAAGGCAGUAAAGGAGAUGCAAGUGUCCUGAAACCAACGCUAAUGGCAGCUGUUCCGGAGAUCAUGGAUCGCAUCUAUAAGAAUGUCAUGACUAAGGUGGAAGAGAUGAGCAGAGUGCAGAGGACUCUCUUUGUUUUGGCAUACAACUACAAGAUGGAGCAGAUAAUGAAAGGAUACAGCACUCCACUAUGCGACCGUCUGGUUUUCAAGAAAGUGCGUUCAUUGCUGGGUGGAAAUACACGAGUGUUGCUGUCAGGUGGAGCUCCUUUGUCUGCUGCGACUCAGCGUUUUAUGAACAUCUGUUUCUGCUGCCCAGUGGGACAGGGCUACGGCCUCACAGAGACCUGUGGAGCUGGGACCAUUAGCGAUUUCUAUGACUACAGUACAGGCCGUGUUGGAGCCCCUCUUGUGUGUUCUGAGAUCAUGCUUAAGGACUGGGAGGAAGGCGGUUACUAUAGUACAGACAAGCCCGCUCCUCGAGGGGAAAUUCUCAUUGGUGGACCAAAUGUUACUAUGGGUUACUAUAAGAAUGAAGAGAAGAACAGAAUAGACUUUUUUGUGGACAAAAAUGGCCAGCGCUGGUUUUGCACAGGAGACAUUGGCGAAUUCCACUCUGAUGGCUGUCUUAAGAUUAUUGAUCGCAAAAAGGACUUGGUGAAAUUACAGGCAGGGGAGUAUGUGUCCUUGGGAAAGGUGGAAGCUGCGCUGAAAAACUGUCCCCUUAUUGACAACAUAUGUGCUUAUGCCAACAGCGAAGAGUCAUAUGUGAUUGGCUUUGUGGUACCAAAUCAGAGGCAGCUGUUAGCCCUUGCCAAACAGAAGCAUUUGCUUGGGACAUGGGAGGACAUAUGUAACCACCCUGAUAUGGAGAAGGAGGUACUGCGCAUCAUUACUGAAGCUGCUAUAAAUGCCAAACUGGAACGUUUUGAGAUCCCCAAGAAGAUCCGACUGAGUCCCGAGCAAUGGACUCCAGAGACAGGCCUGGUUACUGAUGCCUUCAAACUCAAACGCAAGGAGCUCAAAAGCCACUACCAGGAAGACAUUGAGAGGAUGUAUGGUGGCAAGUAAUAGAAGAAAGCAUUAUACAUGGCAAGAAUGGGGAGAAUUCUAAGGAUUCAGGAUGCAACAUUAUAAAGGUCUAUAUAAUAUGACUCCUAAUAUGCAUUCCUCGUUUUGGAUAAACCCCUUAGACAAUAUACAGGAGCAUUUAAAUUAAUGUAAGGUAUUGGCUGACCAAAACAGAAACAACAAAUAUUG